UAAACAUUCCAUCUUCGCAACACAGUAGACCGCGUAGAAGUGUUUCUAACACCAAUCACCUAGACAACCUUGAGGGGAUUGAAGCAGGGAUGUCACAACCGCAAAUGGCUGCUGACUGGCAUGCUGAUUAUUCAGAUAAUUUAGUUUUGCAUGAUAUUAGCGUAGAAUCUACUACUACUAGCGGUGACGGUGAUGGUAUUAACGAUAAUGGUGUUAGUUCAUCCUACGCCGACGACGACGACUUGGGUGGUGACGUAACGGCAUCAUUAUCCCACGUCUACUCUUCUGCCGCGCACGGUGUUGGUCCUAUUGUUUCUGAUGUUUUGUUUGUCUCUACUACCGCAACUACUUCACCUUCCACCUAUUCAUCUUCCACUCUAUCACAAUCACAAUCAUUACCGCUAUCUUCCGCUUCCGGUACGCUGGAGUCAAAUGAGCAACCAGCAUAUGGCGAUGACGACAACCACGACACCGUCGUCGACGAAGACAACGGCGACGACGACGACGGGGAGUAUGAGCUGAAUUUUCAAUCAACUGCGAGCACCAGCUCAUCCGAUUACGAUUCUCAGCCGGAUGAGCAAGAGGAUGCUGAUGAAAUUUUUACCGCUAAUGAUAAUGACAUAACAUAUGUUACAACUAACAAUGAUCCUGAUUUAAUCACAAAUAAUUCAUUUGAUGUGGAGUCAAGUACGGUGGUCUCGGUCGUGUCUUCUGCUGACGAUAUCCAGCUAGAUUACGUUGCUAAACUUGGUUACAUCGAGGAGGAGAAACUGCCAAAUGAUGAUCCAUUGGCACUAUACGAACAUCUCAACGGUGCGGAGAUGGACGAUGUUGUGGACGUUGAGCUCAUUAGCCUCGAAGAUGGUCCAAUUAGUGGUGAAGAGAUGAGGAAAACAAGAAAUAAGCUUUACUAUAAGAACGUUCAGGAAAAACAGGGUCAAGAAUCGGAACGUGUGGAAAUUCACACGCUGCCUUCGCCUGUGGAGAAUAGAAGCCAAAUAGUUCCUGUUCCCAUCAGUCCUCCUCAGGUACCGAUUUAUCUGGUUCACGAAGCUGUUGGAUCGAAUGACGAGCAAAAAGAAGGUCCUGUUUUGCCACGUUUGUUAGUCAAUAUAUCUAUAGCAACGGACAAUGGGACCGGGACAGUUCAGCACUCGGUAUAUGUUCUGCAGGUAUCGAUACCAACUCCAUCCGAGUAUAUUCCCCGGCCGAACCCAUCCGAAUUCGAUCGAGAAACUGUUGAUUCAAACCAUUCUUGUCCACCUGAACCACCACCUGCUCCACCCUGUCCUAUAAAAUGUCCCAAUUCUUCACUUUUCGAAAAAUACCAGGUAAUAAAUGUAAUCGAUGAAAGUGGUUCCUUUGAAGAGGUUGAAGAUAGCUCCGAAGCUCCUGAUUUCAAAACAAAUGAGAUAAAAUCCACGGUGUCAAGAUCCGAGGAACAAUCUACGGAAACGACCAUCACUGAACAAGAUACAGACGGUACGAUGCCACCAGUGUGGGAAUGCCCAAAGAUUACCCCACCGCCGAUUCUAAUCCUGGAAGGUGAGCUAAUGCAAAUUUAAAAUCAUCCGUGACGACGUGUACAUAGCGGAAGACAUAUAAAAGACUCCAUCACCAGCAACGAAAAAGAAUUAAACAUCUCAAGGAACCAUCCGAAGAGCUAACCCAAAAUCGACAUUCCAUACCUUGCUAACACGUUCAGCCAUUCUUUUACAUCCGGGAAAACUCAUCCUCAGUCGGAGGAAAAAUGCUUUGCAUGCUUCACUCUGCUCACUUCUGUAUUAACUUUCGCGUUAGCAUAGAAAUUAAUUAAUAUUCACAAAGCGUUCAUCCACUUUCGAGGCAUUAAAACAAGCCACCAAGUCAGUGCUCCUGUUGUAUACUAACUUUUCUCAUCUUUUUUUUCUUUUCUUCUCUCCUCUCACUCCUGCUAACCAAAAAAAAACCAAAACUUCUGUACCUGCACUACCCCCAAAACAACCCGGGCGGGGCCUACUGUUCUGUAUUUUUGUGUGUUUCUGUGCUCUCUGUGUCCUAUCCCUCGCACCAAACGAAAAUAAACCACCACCACCAACAACAACAACAAAAAACUAC